UUGCUGCUGCUGACUUAUUCAAUUGGACUUCAGUAUACUGUUUUGCAUUGGGGUGCAAAAUAUGGCAACGCUGAUAUCAUUAAAAGUUUCGCUGGGACUUAUAAAGUCAAUAUCAACGGAAAAACGGGUUAUACACCACUGCACAUCUCAGCACAAUUUGGUCAUAAGGACCUAUUCAAACUAAUGAUAGAAGUUUACAAGGCCGACCCCAACAUAAGGGACUACAGCGGCAGAACGGCCGAGUACUACCUCAUGGCCAAAGAGCAGAAGGACGGCAACACCGGCAUCACUGCACGCAAAUUGAAGGGAAGAAAAAAACAGUCUGAGAAAGAUUUGGGUUUUCUGAGGAUGGGAUCUUUGAAUGUGAGAGUUAAGAAAACCACAGAAGCUUUUAGUAAUUUCUUAGGGGUUGGAACAGCUACCAUCAACCCUUUGGACCCUAUGGAGGAAAAGGUUCAUAAAGGUUGGGGAUCAGCAGAUAAUGUCAAUAAGGAUAACUCGGGGUCUAUUAAGGGUUAUGGAACCAAAAAGAAGAAUAGAAAACCAUACGAAUCAGGAAGGAAUAGCACUCCGACUACACCAAGGACUCCAACAAGGGGUUUUGCUUCCUUCAACCCGAAUGAUUCGGAUUCUGAUACAGCAGCUGGUUUUGAUUCCAAUUGGAAAAACUGA